CCCCCUUGGACGAUCGGAACCCCCUUGCCCCGGGGCUGCUGGUGCAGUUGCUAGGCUCGCGGGGGAAAUUAUUUGGGGCGCGAGGGAAAGGAGAUGCAGCUCGCGGCAGCGGCUGUACCCUUUAGUGUAACCUUGCUACACCCCUCUCCCGCCGAGCUCCUCCUGGGCUCCUGGGGCCCCCCACCCCACUCCCUUGCUUUUUUGACAAUGUAAUGCGGCUCUCAGUUGGUAGGAGGAACCCGGCUUGUCUUCAGAUCUGUAGAGCACCUCCGUAAUUAGUGCGCUUAAAAAUAAGAACGGAAAAAGAAAAACCCCUUCUCCUUAUUCCUACGCCUACCAGGAGAUUGAAUUAUAACUUUUGUUCCCGAGGGGUGGUCUCCCUAGGGAAAAAGUUCUAGGGGCCCCGCUUGGAAUGGUCUUUCUCUCCUCUCUCCUCUCUCCUCUCCCCCUCCCCCCCAAUCACAAGAAUUUUAUUUUACCCUCUUUUCUGAUUGUGAUUGCAAGUGCUAAGACAAUCUUGGUGUCAGCUUUUCCUGGGCAUUGCACAAUGAAAAAAAAAAUUAAACCAAGGUGAAUAAAGUUGCUGAAUCGUUGUUUUACUCUAGUGCAUAUGAAAGUUGAGCAAUCUGAAAGUAGAAAACUCCUGUGAUGCAGGGUGGAAAAGAAGCGGCUAGGCAAAAUGACCUUCUCUGACAGUCCGAGCUGGUGUUGAAAAGCUGCAAUCUCUGGGCUCCCUGGCCUGUUCAGGAGGGAUAUUUGCAAAGCCUUCGCCUUCCAGGUAGUCGCGUAUGGCAUGCAUGCACACGGUCUAUCUACAUAGGCUUUAGUGCUGUAGUUCAUUGCUUUUAAAAAGUUGUUGUGAAGUUUGCCACCAUUGGGAGGCAGAAUGAUUUGUCUGCCUCCCCAGUUUUUUUUUUUUCCUCCGUGCUGCAUUUAUUUCAAGGUUCUGUCAGUUACCAGGUGGCAAGUUUUCUGCUCUCUGUGCAAGGCUGAAGUUUCUCAAGUUUUCUGAGGGUUUGGCCUAUGUGUCUCUUGCCUGGAUGUUGCGGAAACAAUGGGCAACUAGCCUGUUUUCUCUGCUCUGGGGAGCAGGAACGGAUUUCAUCUACACCCCCAGAGAGCCCAGUGGCAAGCUACGGUCCCUCGACUCCACUUCAUGUCCCAGUGCCUCGGGCGCUCAGGAUGGAGGAAGACUCGAUCCACCUGCCAGCACACCUGCGUUUGCAGCCCAUUUACUGGAGCCGAGAUGACGUAGCCCAGUGGCUCAAAUGGGCAGAAAAUGAGUUUUCCUUAAGGCCCAUCGAAAGCAACACGUUCGAAAUGAAUGGCAAGGCCCUGCUGCUGCUGACCAAAGAGGAUUUCCGCUACCGAUCUCCUCAUUCAGGCGAUGUGCUCUAUGAACUCCUUCAGCAUAUCCUGAAGCAGAGGAAGCCUCGAAUUCUCUUCUCACCAUUCUUCCACCCUGGGAACUCUAUCCACACCAAGCCAGAGGUCCUACUGCAUCAGAACCAUGAAGAAGAUAAUUGUGUCCAGAGGACACCCAGGACGCCAGCGGAGAGCCUGCACCACAACCCUCCCACUAUUGAACUCUUACAUCGCCCCAGGUCACCCAUCACCACAAACCACAGGCCUUCUCCUGACCCAGAGCAGCAGCGGCCCCUGCGGUCCCCCCUGGACAACAUGAUCCGCCGCCUCUCGCCCGCAGAGAGAGCCCAGGGGCCAAGGCUACAGCAGGAAAACAACCACCAGGAAUCCUACCCCCUGUCAGUGUCUCCUAUGGAGAAUAAUCACUGCCCACCGUCCUCGGAGUCCAACCCGAAGCCCUCAAGCCCCUGGCAGGAGAGCACACGAGUGAUCCAGCUGAUGCCUAGCCCCAUCAUGCACCCCUUGAUCCUGAACCCCCGGCACUCGGUAGAUUUCAAACAGUCCCGAAUCUCUGAAGAUGGGAUGCAUCGGGAAGGGAAGCCCAUCAACCUGUCUCACCGGGAGGACCUGGCUUACAUGAACCACAUCAUGGUCUCUGUGUCCCCACCCGAAGAACACGCCAUGCCCAUUGGAAGAAUAGCAGACUGUAGACUGCUUUGGGAUUACGUCUACCAGUUGCUCUCUGACAGCCGGUACGAAAACUUCAUCCGAUGGGAGGACAAGGAAUCCAAAAUAUUCCGGAUAGUGGAUCCCAACGGACUGGCUCGACUCUGGGGAAACCAUAAGAACAGGACAAACAUGACCUAUGAGAAAAUGUCCAGAGCUCUCCGUCACUACUACAAACUAAACAUCAUCAGGAAGGAGCCCGGACAAAGGCUUUUGUUCAGGUUCAUGAAAACCCCGGAUGAGAUCAUGAGUGGCCGGACAGACCGUCUAGAACACCUCGAGUCUCAGGAGCUGGAUGAACAAGCGUACCAAGAGGAUGAAUGUUAAGGGAACCUACCACAGCCUCAGCGAUGGGCUGGCCAAGACGAGACCUGCCCACAGGGACCGCAGGAGGCGUGAUGGAGCAGGCAAGCUAGGGAUGGCUUGAAAGGAAGAGACCCAGGAAUAGCAGGAACACUUCUCCUGCAGAUCAAGAGGGACCCAGAGCACCUUAGACAAGCCACCCAGCAAUGGCAGGGCUGGAAUUCUGGCGGAGGGCACAAGCCUGAGACACACAUCAUGUUUGCUCCUCCUUCGAAUCUCUUGUCUGUAAAGCCUCACCCUCACCCUGCACCUGUUGUUAGUCUCAUGGUGUUUCUGGUUUUGUUUUCGUUUCUUUUUUUUUUUUUUAAGAACAUGCAGUUUGACUAUUCAUUGUUCAUAUAGGGAAGACAUCACAUGUUGCUUUCCUAUGGAAAUAUAUCUAUUAUAUAUAUUAUUAA